UUAGACGUGAUCUUUUCAAAGCUACGCUGGGGGAUUUCCACUCCCUUGCUGUUUUAAAGCGCUUGUACUGUUGUUUUAACCACAAAGCUUACACUAGCGCGCGCUCUCUGUCUCUCAUUUUCUCCCCAUUGAGGACCAGCUACAGUUCUCAGGGCUCUUCAGGGGUGAGCCAUGGCACACAGGGGCACCAGUGGUGUGGGGCUUCGCUGGGGGAAGGCUGCAGACCUCAGAACAUCUCAGGAACCGAGUUCAUCCCCCUAAACCAGCAAAGAGGUGCCAGGGUGUCAUGGGGUUCAGAGAGCACAGGCGCGGGCACUGGAAGCCAGAAGUGGAAGAAGAGCUUCUGCAAUCCGCCCUGAGUCACCAACAGGAUUAGUAUCGUCAAGAACUUGCGCAUAAUUAAGUAAAACUUUGGAAAAAACAGAAUUAGAGUUUACUGCUGUAGAUGAGUGAUCAAUGGGAAAAAGAAAGAUGUCAAGUUAAGAGACUUUGGCACCUGUUACGCCUAAACUGAAGUUGAUGCCGUGUUUCCCUCCGAAACCUGUUGCACCCCGCUGCAGAUGACAGCUCUCCCAUGAGCGGCAGCCCGCUGCAAGCAGUAGCCGAGGUGGCGUGGCUGCCGGUGAAGAUUCGAAGGGAUUCUCCCUCUGCCUGGUUCCCAGUGCAGCUCCCAUGGCCUGUGACGAACCCGCUGCUCUCUCGAGCUUCUUCACACGCCAGAACUCCGCCAGCGCCAUCUCUCUGGACUUUGAGCCUGACACCAACUACAAGUUUGUCGAAACCUUGGAAGAGCGGUACAAAUGCGCCUACUGCCACCUCGUCCUUCGCAAUCCCCACCAGACGGGAUGCGGGCACCGGUUUUGCCAGCAGUGCAUUCUGUCUUUGAGAGAGUUGAGUGCAGUACCCACCUGUCCUGUUGACAAAGAAACAAUAAAAAUGCAUGAGGUGUUCAAAGAUAACUGCUGUAAGAGAGAAGUUCUCAAUUUGCAUGUGUUCUGCAAAAACAUUCCUGACUGCAAUUCAAAAAUAAUUCUGGGACGAUAUCAGGAGCAUCUUCAGCAGUGUUUGUUUGAAAGUGUGCAGUGCACUAAUGAUGGAUGUUGUGAUCAAAUUCUUCGGAAAGACUUGAAAGAGCAUUUGAGCCAGCACUGUAAAUUUCGAGAAGAAAUGUGUCAGUACUGUAAUAAAUAUGUGGUGUUAAUUAACAUAAAGAAUCACGAGAAAAAUGACUGUCCUGAUUAUCCUGUGCCUUGUCUCCAAAACUGUUCACAAAUAGUUCUGAAAAAAGAGAUUGAAAAGCACCAUGCUGUGUGUCCUGAGGCGGAGGUGGACUGCCCCUAUAAGCAGUAUGGCUGCCUUGUAAAGGUUAAAAGAGGGAAACUUGCCGAACAUGAAAACGGAGCCCUGAGGGAACACAUGCUGCAGAUUUUAGACAAGAACUCCCGGCUGGAAGAACAGAUAUCUGACCUGUAUAAGAGCCUGGAAUGUAAAGAGAUUAAAAUCCAGCAGCUAGCAGAGGCCAUUAAAAAUUGUGAGAAAGAAUUCAGACAGUUUACACAACUUUUUGGUAAAAAUAGCAACUUGAUGGUAAGCACCCAGACUCUGGCCAGUCACCUGGAUAAGUCUGCACGCCUAGAAUCACAAGUGAAACAGCUAAUACAGAUGGCAAACCAGCAGCAAAGUAAAUUUGACUUGCGACCUUUGUUUGACACAAUUGAAAAUGUGAAACAGAAGAUUGCUCUGAUGGAGACAUAUGAUCAGCGCUUGGUUGUUUUGGAAGGUCAGUCCAGCAAACACGAUCGCCAGAUCAAUAUUCACAAAGCACAGCUCAACAAAAAUGAAGAACGAUUUAAGCUUUUGGAAGGCACGUGCUACAACGGGAAAUUAAUCUGGAAAAUCAUGGACUACAAGAUGAAGAAGAAAGAAGCAGUGGAAGGCCGUGUCCUCUCCAUAUUCAGCCAGCCCUUUUACACCAGCCGCUGUGGGUACAGGUUGUGUGCGAGAGCCUACCUGAAUGGGGACGGCUCAGGAAAGGGGACGCACGUGUCUCUCUACUUCGUCGUGAUGAGGGGGGAGUUUGACUCACUGCUGCUGUGGCCUUUCAAGCAAAAAGUUACACUUAUGCUUUUGGACCAAAGUGGGAAAAAAAAUCACAUUGUGGAAGUCUUUAGAGCUGACCCUAAUAGCAGCAGUUUCAAAAGGCCAGACGGAGAAAUGAAUAUUGCCUCUGGAUGUCCACGCUUCGUGCCGCACACGGUCCUGGAGAACACCAAAAACACCUACAUCAGAGAUGACACUCUGUUUUUGAAAGUGGUCGUGGAUUUAACCGAUCUGGAGGAAUUGUGAAAAGCGUGCCCGAUCAGUGUGACUGCUUUAACUGUUAAGAAAUGCUUUCUUGGUGACUACCAGCCAUGCAAUAGUGAAUUGCCACUAGUCAAUGCUACCGAUUAUGUUUUGAGGCUUUUGGACUGCAUAACAGAUAACGAAUUGCCAAAGCAUCAGCCUUUCCUUUUUUAACGUUUUUUCGAGACUGCGUUUUUAAGGCAGCUGUAAGUCCAGAUUGAUGUGAACAUGCAUUUGAUCCAGACUUGGCUCAGCCCAGGCUGGGGGAAUGCGUGACUCCCAUCACCAGACUGGCAUUCAGAGACAAAACUCCUCCAGUAAGCCCCAUGGAGCCCAAGCAGGCCUGUGGGCUCCCGUCCCUCACACAGAACUGAAGCCAUGCCUAAGCGUGAAAGUCCAUUUCGCCUGCCUGAAAUGGAAACAUUUCAAAUUAGCACAUUUGAACCAAUGUAUCUUGAUCCCUCUAUCUCCUGGGUUUUCAAAGCAGGGAGAAUGGCUUCAGUUAGGCAGGGAAAACAUUUAUGUGGGAUCUUGCAUCUUGGUUUGGUUUGGUUUAAUUGUUUUUUUCCAAAAAGCCCAGAGGAAGAUGGCAAUGCCUCUUACUUUUCUAGCCUGGUAUUUCAGCUGUAUAGAAUACCCCAGUUGACAAUAGCUUUGUUAUGUCCUUUCCGUUCCUGCCUAGUGCCUUGGGACUGAUGUCCAUUGGUGGUAAACAUCCACAGUCCCCAUCUGAAGUUAAAAGAAGCCUUCUCACCUCUCAGGACAUGGCCAGAAGCGGGGCACUCGGCCAGCCUGCCAGCCCUUGGCUGCGCUGCUGGAAGAAGAGGGGCAAAACUCCUGUACUUUCGCUCUCACAUCUGUGCAAAAGAGAUGGUUUCUGGCCUACCAGCUCUACAAAAGGCAAGAAGAGCUUUGGAUAUCUGCCUAGGAAAAAGCCCAUGUAACGUGCACUGUUUCCCUCUGCUAGAAAUUUGGAUGUUUGGGAAAGAAGGGGGGGAAAUGGAUUAGGGAGCGCGGUUCUCAGAGGUAGUGCAGCUCUAGUGUUUCUUAAAGGGUGAGACAGCUGCCGAGUAACAACUUCUGACUGAAGUGUGUCUGAAGACCUUUAUUUUUAUUUCAAGUUCCUUCCAUACUGCAAGGGAAUGUGUGCAUUCUAUGGAGUUUUUUGGAGACACGCUAAAACCACCAAGAUCAGGCACUGAGGAUCAAGUGACAAAGAAUACACGUGCCUUUUUAAAGCCUUUUGGGUGCCUGUAAGAGGGAUGUACUUUUGCACACUCAGUCAUUUUGUUAUUACAAGUGACAGAAUUUUGUGUCUCAUCUCUCACAGAUCAGGUAGCGUAACACCACAGGGUUAUCCAUUGCUCCUGCAGUUCACUGGCAGAGCAAACCCAGAGCUCGUAAAGAGACAGCAAGAAAUCAAGCUGGGUUUAGAGUAAGAGUAAACUAGGCAGGAUAAAAAUCAAAACGGGGCACGGACUGCAAGGUAUAAGGCAGAAAAUUCGAGAGGGCAAAUGUGGCAAAACCAAAAAUGCCCUUUGAUAUCAACUAAAAUAAUACAAUUUGGGGAUUGAUACUAAGACAAAGGCAAAAUCCGGUGUUUUGGAUCUGCAAUCUCAUUGCUAGUCACUUACUUUGCCACACGGUUUAUGGGAUGUAAUUCAGACACAAAUAUUUUCAAAUUCAGGGGUGGAGAGGAAGAGACCUUAGUUAUCUGUACCUCGUGGGAGGUUAGCAAAUCUGAAAUCUUUGGUUUGAUUUAGAUGUCCUUUUUGUUGUAUGAUCAGGACGUACUGGGCCUCUGUAGGGGCUUUGCAUGUUCCCAGGGACAGAUGGUGAGGAAUGGUUUUUAUUCUCUUGUAAGGCUGUGGCUGACUUUAAGAGUCGUUUUGGCUGUACAACAGAGAGAAUUAGGCCUUGCGUCCCUAAUGCUUCACUACAGAAAGAGCAAGCUUUGUGUGAAAAUGGUGUGGCAUUCUAGGAUGUCAAUCCUGAGCCUCAGACGUGGACUUCAUGUUGAUGAUUACUUUAAUAUUUGUCACGUAACCUUCAAAGUGGCACAACUUGCAUAGUAACCACUAAUAACUGACGGAAACGUACCAACCGUGUUUCAUGGGACUCUCCAGUAUGUUAAGUAUAAAAUACAGAAAGCGAUAAAGAGCUUGAACAAUCAAGGGAGAAAAGACAGAAAGGAUGCGGUCUGUAUCCUGGCAAAUUCCCAGCCCUCUCUGCCUCCACCAUCCCAAGUAUAAAAUGGGGAUAAUAAUACUUGCAGAAGCGUUAGGGCUGUUUAAAUGUUUGUGAAGAAUUUUGAGCAUGAAAAGAGCUAAGUAUUAUUAAAGCUCCAUUUCUAAUUGUCAAGAGUAGGUGAUGGCAUAGUGAUGUGGAUAAGUGUUUAGUGUGUUCCUGGCCAGAUUUUGAAAGCAUGUUCAGUUUUAGCCCAUCCGUACUGCAGUCUCUACCUACCAGUUGGGUUUAGGUUUUCGCCAUGAAUAAUAUUCUUUUUAAAAUUUUGAAGCACAAAUAAUUCAUCCUGGGUGACGGAAACAUCCCUUUUGAAAUACUGCCUGUUUUAUAAAGAAUUAGUUGUGAAAAUUAAUUUUUUUAAAGACAAUCUUCUUUAAAUUGGUUCUUUUUAUCACAACAAUUGAGAGAUUUAUGUUAAAAUUUUCAGCAAUUUUUACUACUUGUAAACAGGAUUUAAAAUUUUAUCCCAUUCCUGAUAAAGAAAAAAAUGUUGUAUAGCAUGAAUUGUCGGGAAGAAUUUUGAUGUUGCAUGAAAAACACCAAAAAACUUUUCAAUAAUAUUGUAUGGGGUAAGUAACCAAAAGAGCUUAGGAUAUUUCUACAUCAGCAUACGGUAUGUUUCUAACAUAUUUAUUGACAGUUUAUAGUUGUUUGAAUAUAUCUUACUACAAUACAGGUGUUUUUCUAGCCAGAUGUCAUCACUGCAUAUGUAAACUAAUCUAAGAAUAAAUAAUUUUAUCAUUCUCCUGGAGGGUGGCAUAUAUUCCUUUUGGCUGGAUUUAAGCAGGCUUUUUAGAAGGAUGUGGAGUACCAGGGCUUUGUUUACAUCCAAAAAAAACCCCCAACGCUGCUUUAGAUUAAGAAUGGAUGUGCUUCACAGAUAUUUUGGUUUAUACUUGACCAUCAUAAAGCAGCUGCACAUAGAGGUUCAGAAGACUGUGAGCUAAGCUAGAUCAGACGAAGAUCCACGAGGUCUGCGGAUCCAUUGGAAUCCAAACGGGAUGUUCUUUGUGUGGAGCACAAGUUUGGGGCUGAGGGUGGAUUUGUUUCAGGUUUGGGCCGGUAACAGCUAAAAGGAAUUGCUCCAGCGUCCCGUGAUGGCUUCAUGCUUGAACACGGCACUUUAAACGUGGGAAUGGAAAACUCGGGGGGUUAGGCCUGCCUCGCUGGAAAGCAGCCCGGAAGAACGCUGGCACCGGACCCCCGUGUCCCGGGGGAGCCCCGGCCGGCGCUCGGUGCCGGGAUGCCCCAGGCCCCACGCCCGGCACCGGGGAGCGGGGCGGGCAGCCCCCGGCUGCGGCGGGAGCCGGCUCCGCGGCAGGGCCGGGCCGGCCGGCGCACCGGGAGCGGAGCCGUGCGGAGGGGCCGCGUAUGGAUGGCACAAAGGACGAGAGAAGUAGGGCGCUCUGUGCAACUUCACAGGAAGGGCUGAAAGGCCAAGGUAA